CGCACGGCGACAUUGUGAAUUAUUUGGUGCUUUCAACAAGUCACGUCACACUGCAACAAAUGAAGGCCUACAAGUCGCUGGACGGCCACAACUACUUCACCAGCGGAUGGGUGAAGAGCAUAGCAGCAAAGCAGCUUCCAUCGCAGCGUGUCGUCGUUCUAAGCGAGGUCAACCAUUCCCAGCGCCUACGAGAGACCCCUCUGAAAGUGUGGAUUUUGGCCGAAACAGAGGGCACUGUUGCUACAGCACACUGCACUUGCAUGGCAGGCGUGGGUGAGGCAUGCUCUCACGUUGCUGCAACACUUUUCGCCAUAGAAACUGCUGUGAGGCUGAGGGACUCUGUGACUUGCACAGAAAAGAAAAAUGGAUGGCUACCACCUCAUAGCCGGAAUGCUGAAUUUAAGAGGCUAAGGGAGAUUGACUUCUCAUCAGCGAAGAUGAAGAAGAGGAAAAUGGACAACAUUACGAACAGCACUUGUGCUGAAGAAGCCCCGCCUCCACCACCAAUCCCAGCUCCAACGAAUGCAGAGAUUCAGCAGUGUUUUGCGGCGAUAGCAAAAUCAGGGGUAAAGCCAGCACUGUUUAUGCUGCAUGAAGAAUAUAGUGCACUUUUUCCGCCUCCGCAAAAGAAAGAACCUGUGCUUCUCCGUAGCCUUAUGUGUGAAGAGGCCACCUCUGAGGAUUUGUCUGCCCUGGUGCAACGGGCUGAAGCGUUUUUAAAAGAAAUGGUUGUAACAGAAGAGAUGGUGCGGCAUGUGGAAGCCACAACUAGAGAGCAGUCAAAUUGUGCCAAGUGGUUUGAAUACAGGGCAGGCCGAGUUACAGCUUCUGUUAUGAAGUGUGUAUGCAGCACAAGGCUGAGCCAGCCGUCAAUUAGUUUAUUAAAAAAAAUAUGUUGCCCUGAGCAAAGCAAGUUUUCUUCUGCGGCGACAGAAUGGGGACGGAAACAUGAAGGCACUGCCAUCUCCACAUACAGGAAACAAGUAGUGCAACGCCACAACAAUUUGACACUCAAGAGAGUUGGUGUUUGUUUGAGUGCAAAGCAUCCUCAUCUCGCUGCAUCCCCAGAUGCUGUUGUCAACUGUUCAUGCUGUGGUGAAGGCAUUGUGGAAGUCAAAUGCCCGUACUCUGUGGCAGAGUCUGGCAUAGAAGCUGCGAUAGGAACCAAAGAUUUCUGCUUGGAGACUAGUGCCGAUGGACUUCGGUUGAAGAGAACCCAUGGCUACUAUUAUCAGGUGCAGACGCAACUGGCAGUGUGCAGUGCAAGGUACUGCGACUUUGUUGUGUGGACACCUGUCUCGGUUCAUAUUGAACGAAUAAUGGAAGAUAGUGCAUUCUUUCAGAGAAUCUUGGAAUCUGCAACACAAUUUUUUACACAUGUUGUCAUGCCAGAAAUGUUUGCAGGGUUUUUCACCUGAAAAAAUGCACCAGGGUCUGGCACUAGCUCUGCACAGCCCGUCUACUGUUACUGCCAAGGCCCAGAGACUGGGAAAAUAGUGGCAUGUGAUGGGGAACACUGUAAAUACAAAUGGUUUCAUUACACUUGCAUCGGAAUGAAGCGAGCCCCAAAGCAAAAACACUGGUUUUGUGCAGAUUGCGGCCCACUAAAGAAAGCUUAGGAAAGUGCCUCUGGCACUUUCCUAAGCUUUCGUAAGUUCAGGUUUUCAGCAUACUGUGGCAGCUGCUUUCCUAGUCUGGACAAAAAGGACCCCCGACACCUCAAAAUGUUUGUGUUGUUUGAUUGUGCUGUAUGUGGUUAUGUCAUCGGGCUGCUCUCAAGGUAGUUCUGGCUGCUUAGGCAAGGAAUGCUUUUUUAAGAGGUCAUGCGCUUAACAGGCUCAGCGUACCGAAGCACCCACAUUAUUUCAUUCUUUACUGGAUACAUUUCGUUCUGUGUGGUGUUCAUUCUAGCCAGUAAUGAAUGUUGUUACCUAGGAAGGGGGGCAAUUGACUUCCAGGAUUCACUGCAUUUCUUUAAUACCAGGUGCUUCUGUAGUGUGCACAUUUUCCAAAUAGGUUGCUAGGUUGAAUGACGAGAGUGAGAUAUGUUUCAAAUCAAGCACUUGCUGAGCCAACAUUACCUACAUUUAUACCAGUCUUUUCAAUUUGAGUGGAAUGCAAGCAGCAGGUACUCGUACGUAACUGUGAUGAAUGAUUGUUUUUCGAAACCAUGCCAUACAAUGUGUUGUUUUGUAGCAUGGGUUAAUUUCUUUAUGUACCGAGAAGCACUUGCUGCUGCGACAUUACCUAUGUGUACCUGUAUUUACAAUUUCAGUGCAGUGCAAGUAGAAGUACUCCUAGGCGAGUGUGAUAGAUGCGUCUAUUUUUGAAACCAUGCCAUACAAUGUUGUUUUGUAGCAUGGGUUAGUUUCUUUAUGUACAGAGAAGCAUUUACUGCUGCGACAUUACCUCUGUGUACCUGUAUUUACAAUUUCAGUGCAAUGCAAGUAGAACUACUCCUAGGUGAGUGCAAUAGAUGCGUCUGUUCUUGAAACCAUGCAAUAAAAUUUGUUU